AUGGAUGCUGGUCAAAGUCAACUGCCACAUCCUAUUCAGUCCAUUGCCAAGCACAUCCCGAGGCUCUCGCAGCUUCCUUGCUUCGGUUGUGAUGAUGACCUCUCGGAACCAAGCGUAUCUGCAGAGCACAUAAUGGAUAUUCUGGCUGACAAUCUCAAUCCAAUGCACCAGCGAAUCGAAGACUUGCAAGGCACGAUCAACAAUCUUUUAGAGGAAAACAAAACCCUGAAGCUUCAGAUAUCAACAAAGACCGAAGAAUCAAUAUCCAUGCUACAGAGAAUGUGCAAAAUGAAUAUAGAUAUACAAACAGGUCUCAACGAAAAAAAGGCAAUCGCAGAUGAACUUGACAAGAUGCGAGCGCAGAGUGUCGGGCAUCCGCUAGGAUUGCUCGAAACAACACCAAGGGGUAUCUGGAUCAGCAAACUUCUAUCUAGGUCACAGUCUAUUCACGGCAAUCACAACACACUCCAAGAGGAUGGAUUGUGUAAUUCCGAGAUUGAGAACGCGGAGUCUAAUGUAAAGAGUCCUUUAGACAGUAUCCUCAGCGCCGAUGAGGUUCGAGGCCUGUUUAAUUUCUUUGAAGAGUGCUUUGACGAGCAAGAUCUGGAUUCAUUGUCACUGCGGCAUUGCUCAGUUUGUCAUAAGAUGAGAUUCGAACAAGACAACCCCAAUAGUUCAUACCCUUUCGUCGACGAGUUUUCCAAAUGUCUCCGGCCGCCUAUCACCUGCACUGCUUCUGUCUGCUUGGUCUGCUAUCUUGGAUCUGUUGUCAGGUCUAUACAGGGUCUACCGCAAACUUGGUGGGAAAUUUUAGGGACAACGGUUCUGAUGCCAUGUCCAUGCGGCGUCUGUUCGGGUAAUAUCGCUUUCGAGAAUCGUGGGGCUUUACAGAGACUACUUGGACUCGCGAACGUCAAGGAUGCGUGUGACGUACUGAGAAUAUACGAUACAGCACAGCAUCUUGUGUCAGUACUCGACACCCUUGAUCCUCAGCCAACUUUGAAAGAGCGUCAAGUGGCCAAGCAUCUACAUCAACACCUUAUUUCGAAUGGUAUCAUGAAACCCUUGUUUGGUCUUGAGACCUCAGAACUACAUUCUCUUGAAAGCGUUCUACCACACGACGUGACUUCCCAGCUCGUUCAGAUUUCGGAGCUGGAUGGUACUGACGAGGUAUUCCGUGUCCCCAUUAUCACACAGCUUCUGCGACGAGAGCAGUCUCCAGUUGAAUGUUCUAUCUGCACUGAACCUAUUUAUGAUCUCACUAGUGAAGUAUUGGAGCAAUGGAAUAACAUUUGCCGUGAUUAUGGUGGAGACUGGAAGUGGAAGGUUCUUCCUUUCCCACGCAAGCUUGGCCAGAGGUGCUCUCAUACUGUUGACUUCUGCACGGAGUGCUUAGAAAGCUACAUUGAAGCCGAACUUGAUCUAUAUGGGAGAACUGGGUGUCAUCUACUUACUUGCCCUUCUUUUGAUUGCGAUCGGCGACUUGAAUACGACGAGGUGAAACUGUAUUCGCGACAAGAGACAUUUUCAAGGUACGAUGAAUACUUGAAGCUAGAAGCUUUGAGCAAUUUGCCUUCUUUUCGAUGGUGUCUUGCCGACAAUUGUUCCUAUGGACAGAUGCAUGACCUAAUCGAGAGCAACCACGUCUCUUGUGAGGAAUGCGGUUAUGAAAUGUGCUUCCAGCACCAGGUGAGAUGGCAUGUUGAUUUGAGCUGCGAGGAGUUUGAUAGCAUACAGGAGAAUGGAGACCCUCGAUUCCGUGAGACUCGAGACUGGGUCAAUGCCAACACCAAGCAGUGUCCUUCAUGCGGAGUCAAUACGCAGAAAGGCCCAGGUUGCUUCCACAUGACUUGUACGCUAUGCCGCUAUGAGUUCUGCUGGGAAUGUCUUGCGAGCUGGGGUGAGAUCAUGCCAAGAUCGGGACGGUACAAUCAAUCAGCUCAUCGUGAUGGCUGUUACUUCAGGUCCAGUAAUCAAGAACCUACACAGGUGACUGGGGAGCGUAUUCCUUUCAGAUAA